UCGACGCGGCUCGGCUAGGCACCUUAUAGACUGUUACAGGUCUAACGAGAACACGGUCAACUGCCGCCCAUUUGCACAUUCCAUAACUUCGUGCAAACAAAAACAACUCCAUUUCGGGGCGCGUGCCUGCAACUCGCAAGGGGUAGUACCAUUAACGCGCCAGUUGGAACGGCUGCAGGAGCGGUGUAGAAGGUGGUCUCAUCACAUCACACUAUAUCGUCAACUGUUGAUCAGCUAGUCGAAAGUCUUCCCACAGACCGCAAGGAGCAACAUCCACGUCAUUACCGUCGUUGCAUGACAGCACGGUAUGACUUCUUCCAUAUUUCUCACCAUGGCAGGAUGGACUAGUGACAAGUUUCGUCUUUCCUGUAUCGACAACAAUGGCCUCAAGCGCACGCUGCUUAAAAUGCUAAUACUAGACAAUGGUACAAAGAACUCGAAUAUCGAAGCAGAACGUACCGCGACGGAGUAUCUGGUCGACCAGGGAGUGCCAACGGCCAAUGCCAACAAAUCGCUGCUCAGCUUUCUUGCAAUCAACGCGCUCGAGCUCAGUGCACCCGCCAGUCCCGUCCUGCUGGAAUGUAACGCCCCGACGGUACCUCCCGGAUGGCUACAACUUUCCGGCCAUCCCAAAAGCAUUGCUCCUAUGGCCAACGGUAUCGUGCGAAAGCGCAUUUCUGGCUCAAACGAUACAGAGCUACUCGCCUACCGCCAGCUCAUGGUGGACCCGCACGCAAUCAAGGUGGUUCCAAAGUUUCUCGGCGUGCACCAGGUCGGUGGUGAUCAUUUCAUCGAGCUACACAAUAUGCUGCACGGUUUCGUCGAACCGAACGUGAUGGACAUCAAGAUGGGCUUCCGGACGUUCACGGAGAGCGAAGUGAGCAACACCGCCCUGCGGGAGGAUCUGUACAAAAAGAUGAUUGCUGUCGAUCCGAACGCACCAACCGCUGAAGAACACGCACAACAGGCGAUCACCAAGCUGCGGUACAUGCUGUUCCGCGAGAACAUGUCAUCGACACAGGAGAAAGGUUUCCGCAUCGAAGCGCUGAAGAUGCGCGGCUGCUCGCCGGUCACCGAUCUGAAGACGAUCAAGAACGAUCAUCAGAUACGGACCACGGUGGGACAUUUUGUGAACGGACGGCGCAGUGUGGCGAAGGACAUUCUGAAGCGCUUGCGGCAGAUGCGUACGCUGAUCGAAAAGUCGGAUUUUUUCCAACACCACCAGGUGCUUGGGAGCAGCGUGUUCAUCGUGUACGACGACCAUCAGGUCGGUGUGUGGUUGAUAGACUUUGCCAAAUCGUUACCACUGCCAGCGGGCACGAAAAUCACGCACAGACGCCGGUGGCAGAUGGGUAACUGUGAGGAGGGCCUACUGCAUGGGUUCGAUGAGCUGAUUCGCACGAUGGAAGCCGUACAGCAGAAUGUUCACGCGUUGCGCAACCAGUCACGCGCGACAGACGUUUAGGAACAGUGGGAAAGUUUACAGUGUCGAACGAUUUUCAUCCUCGAAUAACUACGUAAUCGUAAUAUUGCGAAGGCUGGUCCCUUCCACAGUGUCAGACGUGAAACUAGUCAAUAUGUUGUUUUAAAUCGUUCGUUUGGAAGGAUCUCGGAAUCAGCAGAGGCAGCAUGAUAGUAUCCUCCAAGCGAUAUAGAAGUAGGAGGCGACUUAACUAAGGGACGAUCGUAAAAAAAAGACUGAACCUUCGUCGCAAAAGAGCUAAGAUACAGCGUCAACGAUCGCACAACGGAUGUCGUUGGGGGGCAGCAAGUUCCAUCCGACCCGUCACGUCGGCCACGUGACGAUCCCGUGCGAUGCCUGGUUACACCGUUUUGCGGUUGGCAGCGAGUAUCGUGUUCUUUGAAGAAUGUAACAAUGUAAUAUUCCAUAUUGGAAAACGAGCUUAUAGUGUAAAACGUGUUGAGGAAGCAAAAGUGAGAAAAAAAGAGAAGAAAGUAAACAAAAAGGCUAAUUGUAACAUAGAGAGAGCGAGGGGGUAGCUGUAGGACACACUGGAAGGCACAUUAAAUUCACACCAUUACCAUUAUUCACUAUUACUGCUACCAUUACUAUUACUACUACUACUACUGCUCCUAUCGUGAAAUCCUCCAGUAGAACUAAAAAGAAUAAUGUUCCGUUCCACAUGUGCAACUCAUUCACGGCAACUUUAUAAGCGUCUAGUUUUUAAUGGUAAAGCAAUUAAAGCAUAUGUUAAUAUAUACUCUAUAAGCGGAAUAAUGCGCACGUUUGUUUAUUGUGUAAUGUGUUACAUGUUUAAAUUAAUAAAAUAUGAAAUCAGUU